AUGGGCACGAUAGGCCCGGUGCUGUGCUCCUCUCAUUACGCUCCCCGUGUUCUCCCUUCCACUCCACCCUGCCUUCCUCUCCCACAGGUGCUAGCACGUGCAGAGGCACAGGGCAUGGUGCUAGCACGCGCAGAGGCACAGGGCAUGGUGAGCAAGACAUUGGGCAUGGCCCUGGGUAUCGCCAUUGCUCCUCACGUGCUAGCACGCGCAGAGGCACAGGGCAUGGUGAGCAAGACAUUGGGGAUGGCACUAGGCAUCGUCGUUGCUCCUCACGUGGGCACCCGGGGCCCUCUACUGUGGGCAACUCAUGGCCUGCUGUCCGCCGCCCACCUGUUUUGCAACUACCGCUCGUACAAGGCCGUUCAACUCAGGACGCUCAACCCCUUCAGAGCAGAUAUUGUCCUGGCAGAGUACGUGACCAAUGGCAGGGUGCCAGGUGUCAUCGAAGCGUCCCCUCCACCUCUCCCCGGCACAGGUAGCAAGAACUGGAUUGAGUUCGGAGUGCCCUUGGCAAGUAGGCAGCAGUGGCUCACACAGACAGACGUCUCAACACUCCCUUACUCCCAUUCCACCCGAACCCCCUCCCCUCCUCCCCUUUCCAGGCCUCUCCCCCUCCUCGUCCAGGCACAGGCAGCGUCUCCUCCACCCCUUCCCGGCACAGGGAGUGAGAACUGGAUCGAAUUUGGGGUGCCCUUGGCCGCAGUGGCGCACACAGAGCGGGAGGCUGAGACCAUGGCUGAUAUAUUCCGAGGAGAGAAGUACCUGCUUGGGCGGGACGAGCGUACGGGGCAGAUGCAGUGGGAGGAGGCAGAGGCGGUGGCUGGGAUGGGAUAUGCCGAGGAGAGAAGUACCUCCUUUGACAGGACGAGCGUAGUGUUGAAGGAGGGGGCCCUCCCAAAGGACUUCCUCCGAGCGGCCCUACUAGCCGCCUACCUCCGCACGCUCUCUCCACACGUCCUCUGCCCCACCAUCCACUCUUUCUACCCACCAUCCAUGCAGGUAGUGUUGAAGGAAGGAGCAGUCCCUCGGGACUUCCUCAGAGCGGCCCUGCAAGCCGCCUACCUCCGCACUCUAUCUCCACACGUCCUCUGCCCCACCAUUCAUUCCCUCGCCCCCCAAGCGCGCACCCACGUCCAAGCCCGCGCCGCCGAGUUUUCCUCCUUGGGGAAGCAGAUCAAGGUAGUGUUGAAGGAGGGGGCACUCCCAAGGGAUUUCCUCAGAGCGGCCCUGCAAGCCGCCUACCUCCGCACCCUCUCUCCACACGUCCUCUGCCCCACCAUCCACUCUCUCGCACCCCAAGCGCGCACCCACGUCCAAGCCCGCGCAGCCGAAUUCGCUUCCUUGGGGAAGCUAGAGGUGCUGCAUGCUUCGUAUGACCGCAUGGCUGCGGGGUUUGAUGGGUUGUGUGAGGCGCUGAGAGCGAAUGGGUGGCGCUGUGACGAUGGCUUGUUGGCUCGGCCAGGAGACUGGCGACUGCUGCUGGCACCUGAGGAGAAGAGGAAAUGA